GCAUUGUUGCUGUUUCUGUUCAUCAUUUCUGCUGCAAGAUGCCAAGAGUCGGUGAAAAACGGCACACUCUCCGCGGAACUAAAUCCGCAAGAUUCUGCCAGUGUCUCUAAAAGGGCUGCAGACUAUGUUUACGGUGAAGAUUAUGCGGACGAAAAUGAGGAUACAGUGGACGGAAAUGAACUGGUGUAUAACGACGAGGAGAAGGAGGGAGAGGGAAAAGUUUACAGCAAGUCUGCACCACAGGACUAUGAUGACCACGAAGAUGAUGGAGACUAUGAUGAUCAAAAUGAGGAAGAUUAUGAUAAUGAUGAUGAUACUGGCUUUGGUGACGAUGAGGAAGAUGGCGUUGGAGAAAGGGUCGACAGUAUAUUCAAACGCAGCUCCCACUACGAUGACAUUGAUGACACUGAGGAUGAUUAUGAUGACGAUGACGAUGCAGACGAAGAUGAUGAUGAAGAAAUGGAGAGAGGACUGAUUGACAGCAUCGAGGACGAUGAAAGUAAUAAAGGUGAUGAUGACCAGCCAGCCGAUGAAGAGGAUGAUGGAGAUAAUGAUGAUGAUGACCAGCCAGACGAUGAAGAGAAUGUUGACUAUGAGGAGGAUGGCGAAAAAGAAGAAGAAGGGGCCAUGUACAGAAGACAUAUCAAUGAUCAAAAUAAUUACGAUGAUGACUAUGAGAAUGUUGAAGAGGAGGACAAAUUGGAAGAAGAGGAGAGGAUGCUGGACAGUAGAUCCCAGGCAGAAGAUGAUUAUGAUGAAGACGAUUACAAAAAUGUUGAUAACUAUGAAGACUAUGAAGACUAUGAUGAUGAAGCUGAAGAUAAUGUUGAUGAUGAAGAUGAUGAUGAAGAUGGUGAAGAUGAUAAUGAUGAUGAUGAAGAUGACGAUGAAGUGGAUUAUGAAGAUGAAGUGAAUAAUGAAGAUGAUAAUGAAGAGGAUGAGGAUUAUGAUAAUGCCGAAGAA